AUGUCUCGACCAGAACACCAAGCACCGCCAGAAAUCUAUUAUAACGAAAAUGAAGCUAAAAAAUACACAUCAAAUUCGCGGAUAUUGGAAAUACAAAGCGACAUGGCAAGGAGAGCGCUCGAGUUACUAAAUUUACCGCCAAAUACAUCCUGUUACUUGCUGGACAUUGGCUGUGGAUCUGGUCUAAGUGGUGAGAUACUAGAAGCAGAAGAACACGUAUGGGUUGGACUCGAUAUAGCGCCAGCAAUGCUUCAGGUUGCUCUUGAAAGAGAAGUUGAAGGAGAUUUAUUUUUGCAAGAUGUGGGUCAAGGCUUGGGUUUUCGACCGGGGGUAUUUGAUGGAGCAAUAAGCAUAUCGGCGCUCCAAUGGCUCUGCAACGCGGACAAGCAAUCGCACAAUCCUCGAGCCCGCCUGCACCGAUUCUUUUCAACACUUUAUUCUUGUCUACGGAGAGGAGCGCGCGCGGUCUUUCAAUUUUAUCCAGAAAAUGACGACCAGUGCGAAUUAAUCAUGAACACUGCGAUGCGAUGCGGUUUUGAAGGUGGUAUGGUAAUUGAUUAUCCAAAUAGUAAGAAAGCGAAAAAGUAUUUUCUUUGUUUGUUUGCUGGUCAAGCUCUCGAUGGAGAGAGACAACAGUUACCUAAAGGACUUGGUGAAAGCGAAACGGAGGAAUCCACCACUGUAGCUUAUUCACGUGAGAGGAUUCAAGGUCAUGCGAAUAAUAGAAAUAAACAAAGAAGAGCAGUUAAAGACAAGGAUUGGGUCCUACAUAAGAAAGAACUUGCGCGGAAGCGGGGCAAGCCUGACGUGCCACGUGACUCUCAAUUUACGGGAAGGAACCGGAAACCCAGAUUCUGA